CUCUCUCUCUAUAUAGACUCUCGCUUUCUAUGUGUGGAUCGUCGUGGAUGCCUGAUCAGGUUGAUUGACAAAACAUAUAGCAAUAAUCGUCGCGUACAAGUCGGAGUCUCGUGUGUCGAGUAAUAUCGAAGGGUUUUUUACGCAAAUCUGACAUACUACAUGUGAAUGCAUCGGAAUUAUUCAAUUGCACCGUCGUAUCUUAGACCCAGCUGUGAUUAGUCUAGCUUAGAUAUCUAUCUAAGUUAUUGACUAAACUGCCAACGCACUUUUUAGUGCGUCGGGGCCCAAGUAGAACAGGAGUGGGGUCAAGGCCCAUAUAAACGUAACCCCUCCCCCUGCCGACAUAGUAAUCACUUGGCAAAAAUGACGCGACCCAAGCAAGAUGACAACAAAUUCAAAAGCUUCAUGCAGGAGAAUGUCCUUACCAUGGCCACCGUGAUUGGUGUGUUUGUGGGCGGCCUGGUGGGAUUCAUUAUUAAGAAUAGCACUGGGGAAUGGACAAAGCGUGAGAUUAUGUAUAUAUCCUUUCCGGGUGAGAUCUUUUUGCGCAUGCUAAAGUGUUUGAUUGUGCCAUUGCUGGUGUCUUCGAUAACCAGUGCCAUUGGUGGACUGGAUUUGAGCAUGUCCAGCAAAAUUGCCACCAGGGCCAUAACUUAUUACUUUGUCACAACCAUUUCCGCUGUCAUUUUGGGCAUUUGUCUUGUCACAACACUGAGGCCCGGACAGGGUGCCAAAAUUGUCGAGACCCAAACGGAGAGCAUUGACAAAGCAUCAAAAGUGUUGACACCCGACACCCUCAUGGACUUGGUCCGAAACAUGUUUACGGAUAAUAUCAUACAGUCAACCAUGUUUCAGCAUCGCACAGAGAUCUAUGAAAAUACCAGCAUUAGCCCAGCUCAACCCAUGGAGAAUUGGGAAUUUAAGGCUGCUCAACGUGAGGGUUCCAAUGUUUUGGGUCUGGUAAUGUUCAGUGUUAUCUUGGGUACUACCAUUGGACGAAUGCGGGAGAAAGGACAAUUGCUGCAGGAUUUCUUUACCACUCUAAGCGAGGCCAUGAUGACCAUCACAUCUUGGGUGAUUUGGAUUUCUCCAUUGGGCGUGGGCUUUUUAAUAGCCGCCAAGAUCAUUGAAAUGGAUUCGAUAGCAUCUACAAUACAAUCUUUGGGUUGGUAUUUUAUAACAGUUAUGAUUGGACUCUUCCUCCAUGGAUUCGGAACCAUUGCCGUAAUUUUCUUUUUGGGCACUAGACGUCUGCCAUAUCGUUUCAUUGCCAAGCUCAGUCAAGUGCUGGCCACAGCAUUUGGUACUGGUUCCAGUUCAGCCACCAUGCCAUUGACCAUCAAGUGUUUGGAUAAUAUGGGCAUAGAUCCCAGGGUAACACGCUUCGUUAUACCCGUUGGAGCCACCAUCAAUAUGGAUGGAACUGCUCUGUAUGAGGCAGUUGCUGCCCUCUUCAUUGCCCAAUAUCGUGAGAUGAGCUAUUCCUUCGGCACCAUUGUGGCCGUGAGUAUAACAGCCACAGCCGCUUCGAUUGGAGCUGCGGGAAUUCCUCAAGCUGGUCUGGUCACAAUGGUCAUGGUAUUGGACACUGUGGGUCUGGAGCCCAAAGAUGUAUCUUUAAUUAUAGCCGUGGAUUGGUUGCUGGAUCGGUUCCGCACCACCAUCAAUGUGAUGUGCGACGCUUUGGGCACUAUUCUGGUUAAUCAUCUUUCCAAGAACGAUCUGGCUAGUGUAGAUAGGUUGAAUGCCGAGCCCCAUGAGCUCCUCGAGCUCGGUGCCAAUGGACAUGAGAUGAAAGAAUGAAGGCAGUCUUCGCUUGGCGCCUACAAUCGCAAGCGAUGAGUGGACUUGUCCAAAGUGUGGGCCUGGUUCCACAUUCUUCCCAAUAAUGACAGCGAUUCCGAUGACGAUGAUUAUGAUGAAUACUAUGAUCGCUAUCAUUAGGCGGGUGAAUGUGUGUGGACGAGGGACUGCACAUCAUCGAUUUUGUUGAAUGGUGACCAAGACGCAACUAAAUUUUCCGAUAAUAUCAUUUUUGCAAUGCGGCAGCAGCAAUGACAGCCCAAAUAGGAAGCUGCUCCAAGUACAAGUACUAAAAAAAAAAACAAAAAAAAAAACAACAACAAAACACAAAAAAGUAAGCAACAAAACAGCAACGAAUUUAUAUGAAAUUGUUUGUUAAAUUAGUAUAAAUGAAAAGUAAGAAAAGUAAGACAAAUUAUGAAGACAUAAAGAAAGAAAGAGGUGAGCAAGGAACACACAUUUUUACUUCUAAAUUCUAGAAAUACUUUCAUGGUGUAAAUAAUUUUUAAAUAUUUAUAAUUAAAAUUUAAUUUCAGUUCAAAUUUGCAUUACAUUUUCAUAAAAUUAGUAUUAAUAAAAAAAAAGAAAACAAAAAAAAAAA